CCCGCGGAACCGGAAGUGAGCAGGCGCUGGGAGUGGCGGGGCGCGGCGGGAGCCUGGCGGACCUGGCUGGCGCGGUGUUCACCGAUCAUCGCAGAUGCCCGCACAUUCCUCCUUGGAUUCCUUGGAUUUGGAUAGACUGUGAGCUACCUCUCCCAGCAAAAAAAGAAAGAUGUGGAAAGCUUCUGCAGGCCACGCCGUGUCUAUCACCCAGGACGAUGGGGGAUCCGAUGACUGGGAGACUGAUCCUGAUUUUGUGAACGACGUGAGUGAAAAGGAACAGAGAUGGGGCGCCAAAACCGUGCAGGGAUCGGGGCACCAGGAACACAUCAACAUUCACAAGCUGCGAGAGAACGUCUUUCAAGAGCACCAGACACUCAAGGAGAAGGAGCUGGAAACGGGACCCAAGGCUUCCCAUGGCUAUGGCGGGAAGUUCGGUGUGGAGCAGGAUAGGAUGGACAAAUCAGCCGUUGGCCACGAGUACCAGUCAAAACUUUCCAAGCAUUGCUCACAAGUGGACUCAGUCCGAGGCUUUGGAGGCAAGUUUGGUGUCCAGAUGGACAGGGUGGACCAGUCUGCUGUAGGCUUUGAAUACCAGGGGAAGACGGAGAAGCACGCCUCCCAGAAAGACUACUCUAGUGGCUUUGGUGGCAAAUACGGUGUGCAAGCUGACCGUGUGGACAAGAGCGCUGUGGGCUUUGACUACCAGGGCAAGACGGAGAAGCAUGAGUCACAGAAAGAUUAUUCCAAAGGUUUUGGUGGCAAAUACGGAAUCGACAAGGACAAGGUGGACAAAAGUGCUGUGGGCUUUGAGUAUCAAGGCAAAACAGAGAAGCAUGAAUCCCAGAAAGACUAUGUGAAAGGGUUUGGAGGAAAAUUUGGUGUGCAGACAGACAGACAAGACAAGUGUGCCCUUGGCUGGGACCAUCAGGAGAAGCCGCAGCUGCAUGAGUCCCAGAAAGACUAUAAGACUGGGUUCGGAGGCAAAUUUGGUGUUCAGUCCGAGAGGCAGGACUCCUCCGCUGUGGGGUUUGAUUACAAGGAGAGAUUGGCCAAGCACGAGUCCCAGCAAGACUAUGCCAAAGGAUUCGGCGGGAAGUAUGGGGUACAGAAGGAUCGGAUGGACAAGAAUGCAUCCACCUUUGAAGACGUGGCCCAGGUGCCCUCUGCAUACCAGAAGACUGUCCCCAUUGAGGCUGUGACCAGCAAGACCAGUGAUAUCCGAGCUAAUUUUGAAAACCUGGCAAAGGAGAGAGAGCAGGAGGACAGGCGGAAGGCAGAAGCAGAGAGAGCUCAGCGGAUGGCCAAGGAAAGGCAGGAGCAGGAGGAGGCUCGGAGGAAGCUGGAGGAGCAAACCAGGGCCAAGAAGCAGACGCCCCCUGCAUCCCCCAGUCCUCAGCCAGCUGAGGACAGACCACCCUCCAGCCCCAUCUAUGAGGACGCAGUGCCAUUCAAGGCAGAGCCAAGCUAUGGAGGUCCUCUUGGCGGGAGUGAGCCUGAGCCUGUGUACAGCACCGAGACUGCAGGUGUCCCUGAGGCCAUCAGCCAGCAGGACCUAGCCUACACCUCAGAACCUGUCUAUGAGACCACAGAGGCCCCUGGCCACUACCAAGCAGAGGAUGACACCUACGAUGGAUAUGAGAGUGACCUGGGCAUCACAGCCAUCGCCCUGUAUGACUACCAAGCUGCUGGCGAUGACGAGAUCUCCUUUGACCCUGAUGACAUCAUCACCAACAUAGAAAUGAUUGACGAUGGCUGGUGGCGUGGGGUGUGCAAGGGCAGAUACGGGCUCUUCCCAGCCAACUACGUGGAGCUGCGGCAGUAGGGCGGCCGGCCACCCAGUGCCUACCAGCACCAGCCAGGGUUCACACUACAGCUCAUCUGCGUGUGUUUGAGUUGGUUUCUGUUUCCUUUUUUCUUCCGAAGGUGGGGAGGGGAAUAUACAUAUUGCCUUUAUAUUUAAUACUUCUGCUGAUGCUUCAGGGCAUGUCUUGCCACAGAAUUUGCUAAUAUCUGAUUAUCUGAUAAUCAUGUUCAUAGAGAACUUGGGGUGGUUACUUUGAGCCAUCCCAGGUGUUUUCUUUUCUGCCAAGUUGACUGUGGUAUGUAGCCACUUCAGGGUCUCUGCUUCUCCCGAGGUUGGUGGUAUAUGUGGCCUUGUGCCCCCAACCCCCAUAGCAGUCGGGGUCCCCCAGGAUGGAGACUGCUCCUGGAGUGGCUGCCCAGUGAGGAGGCUGUCUGGGGCUCAGUGUUUGGAAGAAAGGAAAGGGGACGAAGGGAAAGUGAGGUGGCAGUAGAGGGGAAUGCUGGGAGUCCUGGAACAUUGACACUACGUGGGAAGUUCCCUCUGUCAGGACUGACAACCUGAGCCAGGAUCCAAAGCUUUCUGUACUCUGCCUCCUCAUCUCAUCUCAUCUCUUUACCUCCCCUGAUACCCCAGUCCGGUUGAAGCUCUUUCCUGCCUUGCCUUCAAGUGUUCCC